UCCAAACCCAUCUCGUGCUUCCAUUUAUCUGUACAUACCUCCCCCCUCCCAGCUCACCACCACCGUAGCAUACGUACUCGUCGGCUCCGGAUCGAUUUGCACGAGGGGCAGUGAAGCAAACUUCGCUCUCUCUAUACAUCAUACUCGCGACGACCAUGGCGUCUCGCGGCCUCGUGAUGUCCGCGCCACUGCGCCGGAUAUCGGCGAAGGCAAGGGAUGCCGCUCCCGUCGCCCGGCAGUCUCUUCCGGCGGCCAUUGGCGUCCGGUACAGCUCCCACAGCAGCUCGACCUCUGCCAUUGCCUACAAGGCCAUCCGCCGCCGCCAUGCGCCUCUCCCCGCUGCCGACGCUCCUCCUGCCUGGUCGUCCGCCCAGGCCGCCGUUUCCAACAUCCUCUACGAGACGCCCUCCCCCUCGCUCGCCCCUCCCAAGCGUCACAUCCUGAACUGCUUGGUCCAGAACGAGCCUGGUGUGCUGUCGCGCGUCUCGGGUAUCUUGGCUGCCAGAGGCUUCAACAUCGACUCGCUCGUUGUUUGCAACACCGAGGUUGAUGAUCUCUCCCGCAUGACCAUUGUCCUGACCGGUCAGGACGGUGUUGUUGAGCAGGCGCGCAGGCAGUUGGAGGACUUGGUCCCCGUCUGGGCCGUUCUCGACUACAGCAAGGCCGCUCUCGUGCAGAGAGAGUUGCUCUUGGCCAAGAUCAACAUUCUCGGCCCCGAGUACUUUGAGGAACUUCUCGCUCACCACCGCGAGAUCACCGCCGAGGCCACCGAGGGCGAAUCUGGCAAGCUCGAGAAUGGCGGCGAGCACAGCCUGGAGGAGACUGCCAAGGACUUCCACCCCAGCCGCUUGGUAGCCAGCGAGGCGUUGAGGCACAAGCAUGAGCAUCUCAAGAGCAUCACAUACUUCACCCACCAGUUCGGCGGCAAGGUAUUGGAUAUUAGCACUAACAGCUGCAUCGUCGAAGUCUCCGCGAAGCCCGUCAGAAUCGACUCUUUCCUCAAGCUCAUUGCCCCCUUCGGCAUUCUUGAGUCCGCCCGUACUGGUCUCAUGGCCCUGCCCCGCUCUCCUCUUUACGAGCACGGCGAGGAGACCCAUGUGAAGGAGGCCGAUGACGUUGUUGAUGCUAGCCAGCUUCCCCCUGGUUAAACAAGGGACGGUGUGUGCAAAAGGAAAGGGAAAAAAUGGGAAAGGAUUUACCCAGGAGUUGUGGAUCGGAUUGGUCAAUUGGUCCUCUUAUUUUCGCACUUUGCAGAAUUGUCUCCAUGUGCCUCGUCUAUUCUAAUAGCUGCAGCGGCGUUACAAGAAACACAUGAAAAGUAGUUGAUCAGCCUUUUGCAACAUCUCGAAAAAUCCGUCAUCAUUUUAUGUCGUUUCUCUUUUGUCUUAUUACCCGUCUAGAUAGAAUACAGUAAGACGAACCGAUGUGAAGGAGG